AUGACUAGCCGGUCGCGCCACGACGUAAGGCGGCAGCUUUUCCGCGGCAUCACCACGAGGAUCUCCUCGCACAACUACGGCGGAGUCAAGGAUGACGAUAAGGAACAAGUAGCGACCCAGCAGCGGAGCCAGCCGCAGAGCACAGAGCCUGCCCGGCGCAGAGCGCUGCGACGCAGCAGUGCCAUCACGCCGACGCUGGCGACAAAAUCCAACGUGAUGACGCUGACGCCAAGCAACACGUACUCCUCGACGAGUCUGAUGUCUGGCUCGACUGACAUCAACAGCACCGACGUUAGCGACAAGGUCUCGCUGCGGCAGAAGAGCGAGGCAGAUAUGGACCAGUACGACUACAAGACGUUCAGCACGAACCAUCCUCUUCGUCUGUCGAAGAUACGCGCGUUUGAGCAGGCGGAGAUGGCGCACAAAAUGUAUUUUGCUAAAGACGAGGAGCUGGAGCACAAGAAAACCGGGAUGCUGGUGCAGGUGCCGGGGCUUUUGCCUCGUGAGUCGCGCGAGCUGAGCGCGGAGGCCGGGCUCGAGCUGGAUGACUCGCAGAUGGAGGAUUCAUACGACUACGCUGUCUACGAGGACGACAGCGACGAUGACACGAGCCUGGACCGGGACGACCCGUUUGUUUCUGCCGAUAGACGACUGAAAAUCAUGAAGAACGCUCUGCGACCGGUGACGGAGGAGCAGCUUGUGGCCAAGAAGCUGAAACGGUCGCCGCUGAACGCUGUAUUCCAGACAAGCUCGCAGUUCAUGAAGGACCUGGACCUGCAGGAGCUGGAGCUGUGGGAGCUGAUGAACGAGGAGUUUGAAAAAGAGAUGGAGGCGGUCGAGGCCGAGGCCAGAGAGGGAGACAAACGACAGAGCCAGCUUAAUCUACUCGACACGUCGCUGGAGUCUCUGUCGCACGCCGCGUCUCCAGAGUUGUCGAUGGUUGUGUUUGACAGUCUGCGCCGCAAGAUCAGGCAGGACAUGAGCCAGGACAACCUGGAGUUUAGUAUAAGUACGAAUUAA